AUGCCGCAGUUCCACCGUCCUACGAAGGAAGAACUCUUGGCCGCGGCCACAGGUUUCUGGUCUCGCCUCAAGGUCCACUUUAAAUGGUUCACAAUCAAGAGCACAAGGCCUUUCAACCUGGAUGAAAUUGUCGGAUUCAUCUCCUGGAUUGCGUUGGGCCAUGUCGUCUGGAUCGUGGUCGGCACUACCACAUUUGUUUCUCUCGCCAUUCUGGCUAUAAAUACCGUCUUUGCGCAAGAAACACUCGCUGGUUGGAUCGGGAACUAUUUGACGAAAUCAUCUGGCCUCCAAGUCGUUUUCGAAUCAGCCAUUGUUCCCAAAUGGGGCGAUGGGGUUAUCACAUUCAAGAAUGUAUUCGUCUCCAGAAGACCGGGCCGAGUGCAAUCCCGCGUCAUCAAAGGAUCCCCAGUGGCAGCUGCUCAAGCAUCGUCGACGGAAGAUCCCGUGCCUCCAGAAGAACAGAAUUACACCCAGUUUGACAUCACAGUCGGGGAAGUCAAUGUAACCCUGUCGUUCAGCAAAUGGUGGAACUCCAAAGGCCUAUUGCAAAAUGUGGAAGUCAAACACGUUAGAGGAGUCGUCGACCGGACUCACGUCUUUGCAACCGGUGAAGAUAUCGAUCCAAAAACAUUUCGACACGAGCACAACCCUGGAGAUUUCGAGAUCGAGUCUUUCAAAAUCGAAGAUCUUUUGCUGACAAUCCUCCAACCAGAGGGAUUCCGGCCAUUCCCUGUCAGUAUUUAUAACGCGGACCUACCUCGUUUGCGGAAGCAGUGGCUGUUCUACGAUUUCCUCUGUGCGAACAACAUCACGGGAGAAUUCGACAAAUCUAUCUUCACCAUCCAUCCGCGGCAGACGCACUCAUACACAGGCACACAACUCAACGACCCCGAAGAUCCAUCCAACGAACCUUGGAAAAAACAAUCACGGAUUCGCAUUGAUGGCAUAAACAUCGAUCAUAUAAAUCGCGGGGCGGUUGGCCCCUUGUCUUGGAUUCAUGAAGGAAACGUUGACAUUGUGGCGGAUAUCAUGAUCCCUAAUGAUGGCGAGGAAUCCGUCAUGAAAGUUAUGGCUGAUUUCUACGAGAGGAUGGAAGCCACUCUGACGUCGAGGAAACAUCUCGAGCAGCAACGUCUAGGCGAAAUUUCUCUGGAGGAUGAGCCCAUCGCCUCCGGUGGAGUCGUCUUGUCAACUCCAAACUCACAAGCAGUGAGAGAAGAAGACAAGCGAUUCAUCGUAAUGGAUCUCCGAAUCCACCUGAACGAUGUUCGCGCCGUCGUCCCGAUUUUCACCCGCGAUCUAUCAUACAUCAACAACGCGCUCAUCCGCCCCAUUGUCGCCUAUAUCAACUCCCGAAGGACGUUCAUUCCGAUCAACUGUCGGGUGGUCAAGCGUCUCUCAGAUUUUGAUGGGAGCUGGACUGUAUUUGAUUCCGGAUUGAUGGAUGAUUUGUCGGCCGAAGUGUACGACGCCUUCGCGCGAGAUGUCACUGAUGAGCAGGCUCGGUUGAGGCGAUUUAAGAAAGUUGGAUUAUGGAGUUUGCAGCUUGCAGUGCAGGCCAUAUUUCUGGUAAGCCUAAUCCCGAAGAUCUUCCCCCUGUGA